CUGCUCAGAAAUUCUUCCUUCUUUGACACAGUCGGGAGUUUGCGCAGUUCAGCUGGCGCUCCACCUCCUGGAAACAACUACUCAAGAUCGCACCUGCAGCCUCGCAGCACAUCUGCCAAUAUGGCUCGUCGUCUUCACGGCGUGGACUGCCCGAUCAAUGACAUUGCGGACUACAGUUUCAGCUGGAGCGCAGACGGCUCUCCUCGCUUCCCCAAUGCCAUUUCCGACUGGAGCGGCACACCUUUGACACAACGCGAACGCAGAAUGAUGGCGUUGAUGGGGGAGAUCACCGACAAGCCCGAUUGGGAUCGCAAGGUCUUCGAUGACCAAAUCGUGGCCAAGUGGCGCGCCGAAGCACUGGCGACUAAUGCGGAUGCAGAAACUGAGCGCGUCUUGACUGAGAAAGCAAUCCAUUAUUGCAUCGAAGAAAUCCGCGACUACGCGUCGAAACUGAAGGACGUUCAGAUGGUGCCGGCAAUCGACGCCAAUGGCGUGGUUUACAAGUCAGACACUCUCGUCACAGCCGAAAUGAAACAGGCUCUCAAGUCGGCUGCCGCGCCUCUUGAAGAUGUUCCUGAUGACAAGAAAGACUGGCAUCCGCACUCCGGGGAGCAGGUUCUCGAUCUCGUCCAUCCGAGUUUGUUCCCUCUUCUGUAUGGACGAUCUACUGUGCUCCCGGAAGGAACCGUGCCAUUCAACGAAUGCGUUUCCUACAUCGGCAAGGGCCUCGUUGCACCGGUUCCGGAGGACAACCACGUGAAAGUAGAGCAUUUUCCCGGUCGUAGUAGUUGGGGUCAUUGGUACAACGAACCGGAGCAGCACUUCUACUCCAAAAAGUACCAAUGGCUGCCCUGCGAGGUUGCUUUCCGCGGCGCCGACGAAACGGAGAUCACGAGCUACAUCAACAAUCUGCAUCCUCAGCUGCACAAACCUCUGUAUGAAGCUGUGCAGCGCAUUAUAUCCAAAGCUGUCCCAAUGUGGAGUGCGUGCUUGUCGCGGUCUGACGAUGCGGCUCCGCCAAGAGACGAUGCGGAUGCUGAAUGGAUCGAUCCAACCGGGGAGCGGCCUCCUGCAGAGAACGAGGCAGAGCUUGACGAGGACGAUAUCUGGGACCUAGACGUUGAUUGGGUCAGAGACAAUCGCACGUUGUCAAUGCCAGACAUCGAAAAAGACUACCAGACUCGAGCGAAGCACGGCGAUCCAGAAAAGUUCGUUGACCUUCGCAAGAGUUUCGCAGACCAAGGACUUCAGGUCAUAGUCAAAUUGGCAAACAUCCACCUAACUCCAGAGAGACCGGACUACGCAGGCGGAUCGUGGCACAUCGAAGGUCAACUCAAUGAGCACAUCUGUGCUUCAGCACUUUACUACUACGAUAGCUCGAACAUCACAGAGUCUUACCUGUCCUUCCGUGAAGCCGCCAGCGUUGAGCACCUCGAGGAGAAGGGCUACGAGCAGGGGGACUUCGAACACCUGGAGCGCGUCUACGGUAUUGAAAAUGACGAGCCUGCGGUUCAAGACCUCGGCCACGUCAACACCCGUGAAGGCCGCCUUCUGGCUUUUCCCAACGUCUUUCAACAUCGCGUCGAACCCUUCAGUCUCGCAGACGAGUCUCAGCCAGGCCAUCGCAAGAUCUUGGCGCUGUUCCUCGUCGAUCCGCACAUUCGCAUUCCAUCUACUGCGCACGUUCCGCCGCAGCAGAAAGACUGGUGGAGAGGUAUGGUGUAUGGUCUGGAUCGCGUCGCGAAUUUGCCACCUGAGCUGGCGGAGCACGUGCUGGAGAGUGCAGGCGACCUGCCGAUUGAGUUGCAAGAGGCCAAAGACAUUCGAUUGGAUUUGAUGGAGGAGAGAAAGAUGUUCGUCAAGGAUGUGGAUACGCGCUAUCAGCAGGAGACUUUCAGCUUCUGUGAGCAUUGAGGUGGAACAUGAGCGUGUAGAUGGAAAAUUUGCAAAUUAUGCUUCUCGAUUCUGUUGACGGUAUCGCAGGCCAAGUCGCCGUUAGGAGCAACUUCCUGUAAUUAUGUCUGCGGCGCCGUUGAUCGUAUGGACUUCCCAAAGAAGUGCGGCUGCUCAUACAAUACAACAAAGAAAUAUGCGCGCCGAAAGUCCAAACGCAUUUAACCUCUCCUGAGCGCCUUCGUCCAAAUCCUC